CCCCCACGUCUCCUCUCUCCUUGUCCUCUCCUCCUUCCCCAAGGUGAUCCACGGCGAGAGAAGGCUCGAUUUUUUUGUCGAUCUGCUCUCCGACGGCGGCGGCCUUCACCGAUGACAGACAAGUUCAAUUCUCGCCAAACCCACCUCAUACACAAACACGCGGCCAUGUACUGCGCGACGGCGGCGGCCAUUUCCAGGUCCUCCUCGGCGCAGCGGCAGCAGCUCGCCCGCGGCGGCGGCGGGAGCGAGCAGCAGCGGUGGGCGCGUGAGUAUGCGGCGAAGGCAGUCACCUUCUGCGUCGGCACGCACGCCGCCAUGCUGCGGUGCGUCAACGACCUCACGGACGCCGUCAAGGUCACCAUGGGCCUCAAG